AUGGAUGCAUACAUAUAUCGAUUGAUACGUUUCAUACUUUUAAUUAUUUGUUUGAUUCCAUCGUUCAUUGUUUUUCUGCUUAUUUUCUUCUAUUUGCUAAAAACACGAGAAACUGGUUAUAAACAUCUUCAUAAUCAUGUAAUUCUUGUUCUUCUUUUGUUGAAUUUCACUCUUAUUACUACUGAAUUACCAAUUACCUUGCUGUAUUCUUAUCAUGGUCAUGUUCAACCUAAAAGUGCACAGUUUUGUUCAUUUUGGAUAGCUUACUGUUAUGGUUUAUAUGGUGCUGGUUUCUUUCUGAUGGCAUUUGGAUCUAUUGAAAGAUAUUUUCUUAUUUUUCACGAAAGACAUGUAUAUAAAUGGCGUUAUGUUGCUCAUUAUCCUCCAAUUCUCAUUUGUUUUAUUUAUCCUUUUAUACUUUAUAGUGUGUUGGUUAAUAUCUAUCCAUGUGAGAAUGUCUAUGAUUAUGAUGCAUAUGUAUGUGGAGGGGGAUGUUUUCAAUUUCAAGAAAUAAUAGGUACUCUAGAUUAUCUUUUUAAUUUAGUCACUCCUAUUAUGUUGAUUGUAUUGGCUAAUAUGAUUCUUUUAUUACGUUUUACAUAUAAAAAACGAGCAAUGAAACAAGCAAAUACAUGGCGAAAAUAUCAUUUGAUGUAUGUACAACUUGUAUCUAUUUCAAUGUUGUAUUUUAUUAUUUGGAUACCAUUUAUCAUUGUUUCACUUAUUCGUCUAUUUUAUGAUCCAUUAUUUUUGCAAGAUGUAACAAUCCUUGUAAUGACUUAUUGUCUUUAUAUAUGCCCACUUGCUUCACCAUUUAUUUCUCUUGUUGGUUUACCGGGAGUACGACGACGUUUGAGAAGAAAUCAUUGGGAUAUGCCAUGGGUUACUCGAACUGCGCAAACUCGCAUUAGACCAAUAGGAUAA